UCAUCUUCGACUACUUACUGGUGCGCACUCCACGUUUCUCACUGGAAUCUCGAUCUUCCAUGCCGUGCAUUGCAUUGGUGGUAUUCCUCUGAUCGGCGCGUGUUUGACGCGCCUGUCAGCUGUCUCACACCUUUUUGCGCCGACUCCGGUCGGCUCGAGCGCACCUCGAUCCCUUGAACUGGGCGCACCCCAAGUGAAGCAGAGUGACGGCAGCACAGCACCAGAAUCGCGAACUCCACCACGGGAGUUGCUGGCGCGCCAGCAAUCUCUUCCGCCAUGGCGACCGUCGCAGUCACCCCCGAACCGCACGAGCAGGUCAAACCUACGACAGAGCGCGCCGACCAACCUCCGGCGGCACUGACGCCACCGACCAGCGAUGGAGAGAUGAACGAGAACCAACAGAAAGAGAAUGAAGACUCUGAGCUUUCGGAUUUGGAGUUUGAGGAUGAAGACGAGGAGAUAUUCCCCGAUCAUUACUGGGAUGAGGCAAAUGGCGGCAAGAUUCCUGUGUUCAAGCCGACCAUGGAGCAAUUUCGCGAUUUCCAGAAGUUCAUUGACAAGAUCGACAAGUAUGGCAUGAAAUCUGGUAUCGUGAAGGUGAUACCGCCAAAGGAAUGGCGCGAUUCCCUGCCCGAGUUAAAAGAGAAGGUCAAGAGCAUCCGUAUUAAGAAUCCCAUCACACAAGAGUUCAACGGCACAUUCGGCACAUACACACAACAGAAUGUGGAGAAACAGCGUUCCUACAACCUGCCGGAAUGGAAGGCUCUGACCGAAGAGUCGCAGCAUCAGCCACCUGCGAAGCGAGGAGAACGACGAAAGAAUCAGAAGGAAGUCGUGCGAGGAAAUGGUAGCACGCGCAGCCGUGCUGUAAAGACAGAAGAAGAUGAUGAAGGCUCCGCGAAGUCUAGGAGGAAGUCUGGCCGAGCUCGACGCGGUGCAACCGCAGACGUGUCCGACGAAGAGUCAGCACCUGCCACGCCCAUUGCUGAACCUCCAGCAAAGAAAGCUCGCGGCCGGCAGCCCAGACCCAAAGGUGGCAAUCAAAACAAGUCUGUCACUUCUCGACGACUGAACAAUACCGCUCAGACCGAGACACAUAUUGAUGAGAAAGCAUUCAAGAACUUCGAUCACCGUCUGGAAGAUGUGGACGAGUUCACUCCGGAACGAUGCGCCGAGCUCGAAACGCUUUACUGGAAGACCAUGAGCUUUAACCAGCCUAUGUAUGCUGCUGAUAUGCCUGGCUCGCUGUUCGACGACACGGUCACUAGCUGGAAUGUUGCGCAUCUGCCAAAUGUUCUGGAUGUUCUGGGAACCAAAGUACCAGGUGUGAACACUGCAUACCUAUAUAUGGGUAUGUGGAAGGCUACAUUCGCAUGGCACCUUGAAGAUGUGGACCUUUACAGCAUCAACUACAUUCACUUUGGUGCGCCCAAGCAAUGGUACAGCAUAUCCCAGGAAGACGCCCGAAAAUUUGAACGUGCAAUGCGUCAAGCUUGGCCGGUGGACUCGAAGAAUUGUGAUCAGUUCCUUCGCCACAAGACGUACCUCAUCUCUCCAGACGUGCUCCAGAAGCAGUACGGCGUCAAGGUGAACAAGCUGGUACACUACGAAGGUGAAUUCGUUAUCACUUACCCAUAUGGAUACCACUCUGGCUACAACAUUGGGUACAACUGUGCCGAAUCUGUCAACUUCGCUACCGAAAACUGGCUGGAGUUCGGUCGGAUUGCCAAGAAGUGCAACUGUGAACCAGACAAUGUGUGGGUUGAUGUUGGCGAGAUCGAGCGCAAGCUACGUGGCGAGCCAACUCCUGAGUACUACGAAGAGACUGACAGCGAGGGCGAAUUGGAAGAAGAGGACAGCAAGCUACCCACUCCACCAGCUAGCGUCAAAGGCGCUGCUAAAUCACGAAAGCGCAAGCGCGACACGAAGAAGGAGGAGCCCAAGAAGAAAAAGAAGAUUAAGAUUCGCAUCAGGAUCCCAGGCAAGGAGCCCUGCUGCAUGUGUCCUAAUGAGAACCCAUGGGAGACGCUUCUGCCAACAGACAACGGCAAAAAGGCACACAAAUCAUGCGCGCUUUAUACGCCGGAGACCUAUAUGGAUGACGAGGAUGGCACGGAGCUGGUGCGCGGCGUCGCUAACAUCGACAAGGCCCGUCUCGAGCUCAAGUGCAAUUUCUGCCGAUCCAAGAAGGGCGCGUGCUUCCAAUGCUCGGCCAAGAAGUGCACUCGCGCAUUCCAUGCUAGUUGCGCGGUUGCUGCAGGCGUGCUUGUGGACGCUGGACUGGUGCCGACCUUUGACGCUGAAGGCAAUGAAUACUAUGAACAAGGCUUUGACUUUCGUUGCCGAUACCACCGACCCAAGAUGCCGAAGGUUCUGGACAUGGAUGCACUGGAGAGCACCAAGCGUGUUUACACCGAAGCAAAGAACCUCAAGCCACAGGAUACGAUGCAAGCACAGUAUCACGGUGGAGAAGUGUUUGGUGGUCUCGUCGUUGAGAAUCGUCCAGCUGAACAGACUCUUGUCGUGGAUGUGCUACCCGAUGGCGACCGGGUCGAGGUAGAAUACAAGUGGCUCUGCGUCCUGAAUCCUGAUGAUUCGGUGCGGCCGAAGCCAUCGGCAGCGGCCAAGCCUGUUCCGAAGGACAUGAAUAAGAACAGCCUGGCAUUGUCGAAUCGUCAAGAUGGUGUUCCGGCUCAAGACGACGUUUUCCACUCGGACCAACAGUACAAGUGGCACGACUUCUACAAUUACCACACUCCACCUCCUGGAUUUCAAACAGUGCUCUGGAAAGCUCCGAGCAAAUACAAGAUUGAUAUCAACGGCCCUGACACACUGUACUACUACAUUCCUGAGAUCUCGACGGACGCCAAGGUCUUCUUCGCAGACAAGCCAGGAAGCAAGCAGGUGGCAACCAGAGGCAAUUUCAUGGACCGCGUGCAGCCCAAACAGACGGCGUAUCAAUACCCAGCUGCCAGGCAAGCGAUUGCUCCCGCGCACGCUUCGGCGCCAAUUUGGCGUACGCAUCAACCAGCUAUCAGUGCCGCCGCCCUUCCUGCGCGCAGCACCAGUAUCCAUGAGAAGCCAUACGUGUACAAGCCUAAGGAGCCCGCAAAGCCGAACAAUGUUCACUGCACCGUCGACUAUCAAGCUCUGGCGAACCAGCGUAAUUUCACUGCGGAUCCUCUCCGGCGCCACUCUUCGGUCUUCAGCCAACAACCGCCGCCUCUUCAGCCCGCUCCUUCUCACCAACAGCCGCCGGUGCAAUACACGCCACAGUACAACUAUCAAGGCGGAGAAGUUACGCGUACUCCUUCAGGCAGUGUUCGACCUUUUCCUCCUGAUCAGUAUUACUCUUCUAAAACGCUGCCGGCAGCAUAUCAAGGCGAGUAUUCGAGAUUCCGACGCGAGUCGCAAGGCGCGCAGACGUUGCAACGUCCUAACUUCGAGCCAGCCGGGUACACGCCCAACUAUCAGUCGGUCAAGCAGCAGAAAUCGAUGCUCAAGCAAGGCCAGUCAGGCGUACCCGGCACCGGCUCGCCGUUCGCGUCGAACCCAUACACACCAGCAGCUGAGUCACGCCCUUCGUCUUCGGCGAUCAGUGCUCACUCGCCCUCGAACGGCGCACCGACACCCGCGCCUCCGAGUGCACCGAUGGCCAAGCCUGAAGGAUCACAGUCAGAUGCAGCAUACUUGCAAGACCUGCAGAAGUAUCCGUAUCUGCUCAACAGCUUCUGUCGCAAGCCCAAGGUAUACGAGUCUCCUUACGCAAUUGGUGGUGGUUACACGCCAAAGUACCAGCCACUCGAGCUGCAGAAGCAGACUGAUGGCUAUGACAGCAGAACGGUCGCCCGUCAUACGCCUAGCAACUCGAUUUCGGCACAGUCGCAACAGCAAAGUCAACAGUGGACGCCGCCAUCACAAGUUUGGGAUCGUGCGGGACUUGCAAAUCAGGUCCAGACUCCGCCACCCGCGGAGCAGAACCAGCAGCAUUAUCAACAGGCUCAGCUCUUACAGAGAUACGUACCUGUGUCGCACAGCACGCCGCAAGAAUUCCAGCGUCAGAUCCAGGGAAGCAUGGCGAGCACUGCCAGCCGCGAUGGCGCACAGGCUCGGUUGAUGAGAGACCAAGGUUAUGCGCCUUUCAACAGCCCCUACGCAUCGGCGCCGAUUUAUCAGCAGCGCAGCAGUUCUGGACAAGAUCCAGCCAAGUCUUACAACAGUCCAAAGGCGCCUACACCCAGCCCGCUGUCAGAUGCUCAGGGAUCCGGACGGAGCCAUACACCGACCCAUGGCGCGCCCGGACAUGGUCCAGGUGCCUGGAAUACCUUGCCGCCACCAAAUCCAUUACACCCGAAUGUGCAGCAGCAACAGAACGAGCGACCGCCUGGUGCGAGCCAUGGAUAUAACAAUCCUACUCUACCGCAGAUGGGAGGUGGAAACGAGACUUGGCGGUAUAAUUGAAAGGAGAUGGGUUUAUGAGAAAACAAUGUGCACAUAUCCAAAGCGACAGCUGAAAGAGACCUGAGACGAAGGCAUGUACGAUUUAUCGACCGAUCACGACGAGAAAAGGAGGGGCGGCUUUUUGGGUUUUCUUUACUUUUUCAAUUCGUUCUUCUCGCUGCUGGGUAUACAUUUACCUUGCUCAUUAGCUUUUGGGGGUGGCAAGACCACUUUUCGCUCAUGGCAUGAGGAGACCGUCCUCGAGGUCCGAGGGAUGAGCCUCGAAUUUGGUAGCGGGGUUUGCUGUAACGAUAGUCACUACUCACCAGUAUUACCACAAUGAAAACCGUGAUGUUGGAGACACUGUUCUCACUUUGGUACAUUUUUUCAGCGCUCGAUGUUUU